GGAACUAUAGAAUCAUUAACUUCGAUCUUCCUCUCUUCUUUUUCUCUCUCCUCUCUCUCUUCCAAUUUAUAUAUACAAGAAUAAUAAACUCUCCUAGAAGCUGAUAAGCCAGAUUAUCAGAGAAGCUUUUAAAAUUGGUGGCACAAGCCUAGAUUAUGACUAGCAAUGGGAUGGCCUUCUUCUCAGCAAAUUUCAUGCUACAUGCCCCUCAUGAAGAUGCCAAUCAGCAUUCCUCUUCUCUCAAUCCAAUCCUACCCUCAUGUACACCUCAAGACUUUCAUGGGGUGGCAUCCUUCUUAGGGAAGAGAUCCCUAUCAUUUUCAGGUGUUGAAUUGGGAGAAGAAGGUAAUGGGGAGGAUGAUUUGUCUGAUGAUGGGUCACAGGUAGGGGAGAAGAAGAGGAGGCUUAACAUGGAACAGGUGAAGACACUUGAGAAGAACUUUGAGUUGGGGAAUAAGCUUGAGCCAGAGAGGAAAAUGCAGUUGGCUAGGGCUCUAGGUCUUCAGCCAAGACAGAUUGCUAUUUGGUUCCAAAACAGGAGGGCAAGGUGGAAGACCAAGCAGUUGGAGAAAGACUACGAUCUUCUUAAGAGACAGUUUGAAGCAGUCAAAGCAGACAACGAUGCACUCCAAGCUCAGAACCAAAAACUUCAAGCAGAGAUAUUGGCACUAAAAAAUAGAGAGCCAACAGAAUCUAUCAACCUCAAUAAAGAAACAGAGGGUUCCUGCAGCAACAGAAGCGAGAACAGCUCGGAGAUCAAGUUGGAUAUCUCAAGGACACCAGCCAUCGAUAGUCCUUUAUCCACUCAUCCAACCAGCAGACCAUUCUUUCCAUCCUCUAUUAGGCCUCCAGGUCAUGUGGCUCAACUCUUCCAAAACUCAUCAAGACCUGAUCACCUCCAAUGCCAGAAGAUGGAUCAAAUUGUCAAAGAAGAAAGCUUAAGCAACAUGUUCUGUGGCAUGGAUGAUCAAUCCGCCUUCUGGCCGUGGUUGGAGCAACAACAUUUCAAUUGAAAUAUUGAACCCAGAUAUUGUCGUUAUUGGAGUAUAAUCUUUAUUAAUUAAUUACCAUGUUUCUUUUAUGCUUUUGAAUUAAACCACGUUUUGGUACGUAGAAUGUAUAAAGUAAAAUAUAGCAAGUUGAAUUUUCAGGAGGAAUAAAGAGGUAAUGCGUCUCCAAGUUAUAUACCAA